AUGCUCCACGGGUUGUUGGUGGUUCUGCAUGCAUUGGGUACUGUUCUUUUAUGUACUGAGGAUAUUUUCGUAUGGUCUCUAAUUCUCUCUUGCUUCCUUAGGGCCGUCUGCAAGAAGUUUGGGCUACAUGUGAGCCGGCUGAUGUUGGCCUUCUUAGUACUCAGCACUGGGAUGUUUUGCUCAUCUGCAGCUUUCCUCCCAAGCAGUUUUUGCAUGUACACCACGGUGAUUGCCAUGACUGGCUGGUAUAUGGACAAGACCUCUGUAGCAGUGCUGGGGGUGGCCGCUGGAGCCCUUCUGGCCUGGCCCUUCAGUGCAGCUCUUGGGCUUCCUAUUGCCUUUGACUUGUUGAUACUGAAGCAGAGGUGGAAAAGUUUCCUAAACUGGUGUGUGGUGUCAUUGAUCCUGUUUUUGGUGCCCUUGGUAGUUGUGGACAGCUAUUACUAUGGGAAGCUGGUAGUUGCACCUCUCAACAUUGUUUUAUACAAUGUCUUCACCUCUCACGGACCUGAUCUCUAUGGUACGGAACCCUGGUCCUUCUAUUUCAUCAACGGCUUUCUGAAUUUUAACGUGGCAUUUAUUUUGGCGCUGCUUGUGCUGCCACUGACUUGUCUCAUGGAAUGUCUGCUUCAGAAAUUUCAUGUUCAGAAUCUGGGCCGUCCCUACUGGCUGACACUAUCUCCUAUGUACAUUUGGAUUAUGAUUUUCUUCAGUCAGCCCCACAAAGAAGAGAGGUUUCUCUUUCCCAUCUAUCCCCUCAUCUGUCUUUGCGGUGCUGUGGCUCUGUCUGCUCUUCAGAAAUGUUACCACUUCGUAUUCCAGCGCUACCGUCUGGAACACUACACGGUCUCCUCCAAUUGGCUGGCUCUGGGGACUGUCCUCCUCUUUGGCCUUUUGUCAUUGUCACGCUCUGUUGCCUUAUUCAGAGGCUACCAUGGGCCCCUGGACCUGUACCCAGAAUUUCAUAGGAUUGCUACUGACCCAAGUAUUCACACUGUGCCAGAGGGGAGACCGGUUAAUGUUUGCGUGGGAAAGGAGUGGCACAGAUUUCCAAGCAGCUUUCUCCUGCCAGACAACUGGCAGCUCCAGUUCAUCCUGUCAGAAUUCAGAGGCCAGUUACCAAAACCGUUUGCCAAGGGACCAAUGGCCACACGGAUCAUUCCCACUGACAUGAAUGACCAAAACAAGGAAGAGCCAUCUCGAUAUACUGACAUUUCCAAAUGCCACUACCUGGUGGACUUGGAUACAGCAGCUGAAACCCCAAGGGAGCCAAGGUAUUCCUCCAACAAAGAAGAAUGGGUAACCAUUGCCUACAAGCCAUUCCUAGAUGCUUCCAGGUCCUCAAAGCUGCUGCGUGCAUUCUACAUCCCUCUCCUCUCAGAACAGUACACAUGGUAUGCAAACUAUACUAUUCUGAAAUCCCGGAGGUCGAAGCAAACGAGGAAAAAAAUGGGAGGCUAGCAACACACCUGGGCAACAAAACCAAAAGCAUCUGCUGACACUCUUGGACAGCUGCCUAAACCAUCUUCAGUUUCUUUUUUGAAAGUUUACUCUUGUAGAUUCACUAAUAAAGAUUUGCCAUGAAGUGAUUUUCAUCUGCAA